AUGAGGUGUAACGCCUGCUGGCGCGAAUUGGAAGGAAGGGCCAUAUCAACAACAUGUGGUCAUCUCUUGUGUAUCCUGAUGGCAAGUGCAUUUGAACUGCUGUUGAGAACCUGCUUUUUUCUAACCGUGAUUCUGUUAGCUUUCACGUCUCAAACUGGAGGUUUAUCCGCUUCAAUUUAUAACCUUGACACAUUUCUCAAAAAGGCACGGAAGAUGCAGGAAAGAUUCUAAGCAAUGAUGCCGCUUGCCCUAUAUGUGAUCAAGUGCUCUCUAAAAGGUCAGCAGUUUUACAUACUUUUGAUUAUACGCUGGAGCUAUUUAUUUUGUGAGAAAAAAUUAUCCCCUGUAAUUAAGGCAAAAUGUGAAACGUGCAUAUACGUCCUAAAAAUUACUGUGUUUUUUUCAUUGUUAUGGGAUAUUUCAUGAUGCAUUUAUAUGCAAUUACCUUUUUUUAUAGCCUCAUGAAACCAGUGGAUAUAAAUCCCGGCGAUGAGUGGAUAAAUGUAAGGAUAUUCCACUUGCUGUAUCGUGCACAUUUACUUCUUAGUUAAAGUCCAAUAUUCUAUUUUAUUUUAUGCUGCAGAUGGCAAUGGCGGGAGUUUCUCCCCAGAUAUGUAUCCUUUGUCUUGGAUGAUCUCUUUUUAUAUAUAUGAAACCUACAGUACUAUUACUUGUGAUGAGGCUUUCAGUUCAACAUUUCUCAGGAGAAAAACAACAAGAUGAGGAUCACGAAACAGAAAGAUUUGUCAAAAUUCAACUAAUAUUGCAAUUAAAUAUGUGUUCUCCUUAUUAAAAACUAGUGAUGAAAAGUGCCUACAAGAGUGUGAUGUUCUUCACUGGGCAAAAGGAGCUCGAGAUGCAAUACAAAAUGAAUAAAAUUGUUGGACAGUGUCGGGAGAAGUGUGAGCUCUUGCAAGAAAAAUUUAGUGAGAAACUGGAGCAAGUGCACAUGGCAUAUCAGAAAAUGACCAAGAGGUGCCAGAUGUUGGAGCAAGAGAUGGAGAGUUUGUCCAAGGAUAAGCAAGAACUCCAAGAAAAGUUUGCGGAGAAGUCGAGGUCAGUUCUCCGCAGUUUCAAGAGUAUUUUUUUUAAAAUCAGCUACCUAUGCUAUUGGGGAUUCCUCUGAUCUUUAUCUUAUGAUACCAGACAGAAAAGAAAGCUUGAUGAGAUGUACGAUCAACUAAGAAAUGAGUACGAAUUGCUCAAAAGAUCGGCAAUUCAACCUGCCGGCAGCUUCUUCCAUAGAGCUGAACCCGACUUCUUCUCUAGCCCCGCCAACGUUAAGGAUAAUCGCCAGUCCAUAAGACAAGGUAAUGACAUAACAGCAUCCAUAUUGAACCAAAACCGUAACUACCUCAUGACGAUCCUCUCAUUCUCCAGAAAUUUUUCCUCUGUACAUUUUAAGUAAAGUAUUGCCUUAAAUGCCACACAUUGCUCUCGAAUGCUUUGCCAUUAUCACCUACUUAUUUGCUUAGGGUCAUUAAUCAUCAUAACUUUGUGUAAGCUUUUACCCGUAAGAUCCCCAAGAGGGCCAGAUGAUUUACUUGUCGCAGAUCGUUCGGUUUUCAUUCCUUACACCCCAGGGCAGAGAGAAGACAUGUGGCCUCCACCUAGACAGAAGGCAUCCAACUCGGGUCCGUUCGAUCUUUCUGGAGGCUCGCCGGCGAAGCCCGCGCCGGGUCCUCGUGAUGCAGCGAGUAGACCUUCCCGGUCCAUUUUCGGAACUGGCGUCAGCAACCCCUCUGCCACUCUGCGUAAUCUCAUUAUUUCACCAAUGAAGCGACCUCAGCUCUCUCGCAGCCGCCCUCACAUUUUCACGUAGCUAUCUUUCCCCGUUGGCCGUUUCUCUUUCAGCCCUUUCAAAAAAAGGAAACAAUUUCCUCCAACCCUGACCGUUGAUCGCGAUGCUUUUUUCAGGUUGUAG